AAUACAUACAUACCCUAGCAAAAGCCCGAAAUUAUUGGUGAUCCCCCGCGCUUUUAACUUGUCGACUUUAGCUGCUGCUUCCCCAACACAAAGGGGCCCCAAUAACCGCGAACACGAUCAACGGACAUAGCAAUCUGCCCUGUGGCAGCUUGAGCUUUUUUUUUUUUUUUUUUGGACAGUCAACCUUUUUGGAUAGGGACAGAAUUGUGUAAGAGCCGCGCGGCCAGUUGUAUUCCUGCACCGCUGUCGGCAAUGGCGUCUUUCAAGUCGCAGGAUAUACAACAAACCUCGCGACCGCUGACCCAUCGGCCGUCCAUGUCCUCCAAUUCCAUACCCGGCGGCCUGUCUCUCACCCGGCAGGCCCACUCCCGAAAUAACUCGUACUCCAUCAUCGGCAGCACGCUGAACGGUACCCACCGCGUCACUCGCCGCAAGAGCAUGACCAACACGGGUGCAAAUGUAGCAGCGGUGGCAGCCGCCCUCCAGGAAUCCGGCGAUAUGCCCAUGCCCCUCCCGAUUGCCGUCAACUCUCGUCGGAACACUGUUUCCAAGAAUGGCCUCUCGCGAUCGGCUGUUGUCGGUAGUCUGCCGUCUCCUCCGGCUAGUUUACCGACCCGCAAAUUUGUGACGCCAGCAGGAGCGGGCGGCGUGCAAGACAGCGCUAUUGACGACGAGCUCAAUGACAUGUCAGGAGACGACGCAGAGUCGGCCUUUCAAAAAGCUCACGUGAGGAGAGCCAGUGAUGGCCAGCCUCUUGUUAAGGAAGGGGGUCGGAAGAGCAACCGCCCGGAACUUCGCUGCGAGAAGUGCGGGAAGGGAUACAAGCAUAGCAGCUGCUUGACCAAGCAUUUGUGGGAGCACACUCCCGAGUGGUCCUAUACAUCCAAGCUCUUGAUCUCCAAGCAUCAGCAGGUUCAAUUGCUGGAGGCUGCCUCGGUUUUGGUCGCCAUGAACAGCAGCGCAAAGAGUAAUGCCGACACUACCAAGGCCACCAACACCGUCACCACACCCCCUGACUCGGCUAGGGAUUUCCACAGUGACCGAGAUUCGGCAUCCCCCUCGGCAAGCGGAUACUCGGAACAGCAGGACCGCAGUUCGGCUGAUACAACGCCACCCCCGCACCUGGAUGCCAUCAAUGCUGACAAUGCGUCUUAUCGGAGCUUUGGCCACAGGUACAACUACGGCCAGGGAUUUUCGCGGUCGUACCAGACUGCGCCAUAUGCUUCUUCGGCUGCUGGGAGUGUUCCAAACACCUCAGGGUUCGGGCAUUUCCGACAAUUCAGUCAGGACCAGAGGCCGACGUCGUCCGGGAAGAACAUGACAGGACAGGAUGACCGUGAGCUCGCCGCAGCUGUUGAGCUGCUCAGUUGCAGCUUCGGAAGCAACGGGGGCUCUCGAACGGUCCAUCUGCCAGCUGAUGCUCCUCCGGUUCCGCCUCUUCCCGCGCAAUAUCUUGAUCAGGGUAUCUUGUCCGGCACAAGCUUUAUCAACAGCUACCCCAGCAGGGCACCGGAAAGCUUUACCCGCGGCGAGAUGCGGCGGGUCGACGCCAAGAUGGAAGAGAGCGCUGAGAGCGUCAUGGAUGACGACGACGACGACUUCUUGCGGUCCCGCGCCCGAAGCGAUGAAGAUGACGACGGCGUUUUUGGGAGAAUGGAGGAAUGAGACGUCGCGCUUCUCGGGCUUCCUCCCUGGUGGGGAAGCGGUGCAUAAGCUAUAGCUGCUAAGGUUAUGAUAUGGAUGAUGGAUUGCGAUUUCUUUUGUAUACCUGUACUGUAUGCCCGGCGUCUGGAUGGGGUCGCUCCGCCGACGGCCCUUGGCACCGAAGAGUGGAGCGCCUCGCCCCGGCCGAUAGGAACGGGGCGC